CUCGCUUAUAACAUGAUACUAACGGAAACGACUAAAGUUAUACCAUUCUUUGCAAACUACAGAUAUAAAGCAGACCUUAGGCAAGGACUAGAGGUUAUAGUGCCAAGAGCAGCAGUCAUAGUGCCGAGAGCAGUAGUCAAAGUAAAACAAAUGUAUAUACUAUAUAAGAAGCUUAAAAAGGAACUUGAGUUUAUCAGGACUAGAAUAAAAAAUUACUAUAAUAAAUAUAGGCUUAAGGGACCUUACCUAGAGAGGGGAGACAAAGUCUACUUAAUUAUACAAAACCUACAAACUAAAUGA